AUGAAGCGUCGUGUUAACUCUCCACUAUCCAGUGCGCCAUCGCCUUCACAAGCGUCUGAUCGCCGCUCGGCCGGAAAGAGGGAAGUCGGGACCUCUGGCGGCGACAGCAGUGGAGCGAAUGACAGUUUGUACAAGAGCUUGGAAUUCCGUGUUAAGUGGCAAGGCUACGAUUCCGAGAAGGAUUUAACUUGGGAACCGGAAGAGAGCCUGGAAGAUGUGCCUGAAAUUGUCGAACAGUACUUUCGCUUGGCUGGCGGACGACAGAACAUACUCACGACCAUGCUCCCACGGGGGAAGAGGGCGCCUAAAAGGAGUAAGAGAUCGUCUGCGGCGACGGCCGCAGCACACACGAUGUCGGGACGGCAACUCGAGAAUGGCGCAAAAGCCGUUGACGAAGAUUCUUCCACCGCUACAGAAUCAUGGCAGCCACCGGCUGGCUCAUGGGAGGAUGAAGUUGAUACCAUAGAUUCUUGCGAGCGUGGGCGCGGCGGUAAGCUUAUUGUCUACCUUAUCUGGAAGAAUGGCAAGAAGACAAAGCACGAGACGCCCGUUGUCUACAAGAAGUGUCCAUGCUGCAAUUUUACGAGCGACACGUUCGAAUUGUUUAAAAGAAUCAUAUUUUCUGGAUCAACUACCAGGCAGGACGCAUGGCGUUUGCCGGUGGAAGUUCAUUCGGUUGAAUAUGGAUGGGGUGGCAGUGGCACUCCGCUUUAUCCCCAAAUGUCAUGA